AAGCACAGAGGAAUCAGGAUUGCAUCCAGUGGGAACAUUGUCCUAAUCCCCUUCUGCCCUUCUACUUUGUAAACACUCUUCUCUUCGUCGGGGUCACUGAUGCUUUUUUUCUCCUUAUCACAAUAUGCUUCAGUGCAGACGGUGGAAAAACCUAGAAGAAGGAGCAAGGAGAGUAGAUUUCUUAUGAUCUUGAACAGAUUUGGCGCUGCGCCUCACGUGGCGAGCGAGGCCUCAUGGUCGGAGCAUGCCAUGUGUUAGAGCACUGAGGCAGUGGGAGAUCAGGCCCACGUCUGCUCUACGCCGGAUCUGCCGCACCAGGAUCCUGAUGUGGCAGCGGAUACGGGGACUGGCCCGGGCCUGCCAGCAUGGUGUGGGAUACCCGGUGGACUACAAUGACCCAGACCGGGAGGAACAAGAAAUGGUGUGCCUUGAGCCCAUGGGAUCAGAGCGGAUGGAGAUGCGAAAGAGGCAGAUGUCGGUGCAGCAGGAGUCGGCAGCGGGGGGAACUGCACCGGCCCAGCAGGGCCAGCCGGGCCAGGCCAACCCACGGGGCUCAAAUGCAUGUUGCUUCUGCUGGUGCUGCUGCUGUAGCUGUUCCUGGAAUGAAGACAGGGAUGACAGGAACCGAAAAGCAUCGUAUGACGUCAAGGAAGGGACCGCAGACUGUGAAGACUGUCCUAAGCCUACGUUGGAGGAGGUGCGCUCAUGGGGGCAGUCAUUUGACAAGCUGAUGUGUUGCCCAGCGGGGAGGAACUCCUUUCGACAGUUUCUUCGCACUGAAUUCAGCGAGGAGAAUAUGCUCUUCUGGUUAGCCUGUGAGGAAUUCUGCAAAGAGACCAAUAAGAGUGCGAUAGAAGAAAAGGCUCGGGUCAUCUACGAGGACUACAUCUCCAUUCUGUCACCUAAAGAGGUGAGCCUGGACUCCCGUGUGCGCGAGGCGAUCAACAGGAACAUGCUGGAACCCACCUCGCACACGUUUGACGACGCCCAGCUGCAGAUCUACACACUAAUGCAAAGAGACUCGUAUCCCCGCUACAUGAACUCCCCAGCCUACAAAAACCUGCUCAACACUCUGUCAGAGCAGUCCCCCGAAUCUUAGGGUGGUGAAAACCUGUGAUCUUAUAACUCUCUAUAAACCCCACCCCCACACCCCCUUUCAAACCCCGCCCACCCAACCCCCUUAAUCCCCACCCCCCCCACCCCCCUUUUUAAAAAAAUGUUUCUUUAUAUGUUCAGUGUAGGAUUACAUGAACCGGGCCCCGGGCCUGGCCCCUCCCAGGGAUCUCAGCGCUAUUGUGAUCUGCACCUGACCGAAGACACUCAGGUCUCAAAAUCUCCCGAGGGCUCGACAUCACAAGUACUGCUACAGAUCAACAUAGCAAAACACUCCAAAGGAAUAUGAAAACUUUUUUUCUUUUUUUUUUCAGUUUUUUUUUCUUUGUUUUGAUAGAAAUAAUCUAUUUUAUUUGUGUUCAAGAGUUUUUUAUGGUCUGUUGUUUUUUUGUAUGAUUGUCUGGGGGGUAAAUGAUUCCUACUGUAGACUAUAUAUUUAUGAGUUUGUAAAUAGUAAAAAUGGAAUUGUGGGUAUUUUAUGUGGAAACGCCUGGUUCUAUUUACUGCGUAUGAAAAUCAAAGCUCAAGUCAAAGGCUACAUGUUAGCUCUACUUGCAGGCAGCUUUGUGGGGUACUGUAUGUUUCUACCUUGGUUUCACCAACCUCACACUUUGGUACCUGUGACAGUGACUUGGCAACUCCAGUUCAUGUAGACUUUAUGUGUGACUGAACCUAUUGUAUAUGUGUGGUUAUCGCUGAAGUAACAGAAAGUGACGAUAACUCUUGUCACAGUGUGCAAUUUGUUUCCUGAAGAAACUCAAAUCAGCGAUGAAAGGGGUAUUUGAACUUUCUUUACUCAAUCGUAACCACAAAAAUUUUGACUUGCCUAUUUAAGACACGUUUUUUAUUCAAGUGUUACUAACUGCACACCUCAUAGAUUUAUUAUAGUUUUUAAAGUGUGACAGGAAAACCGAAGUAAUUCUAUUUACCAGUAAAAAGUAUUUUUGUUUAUCACUAUCUAUUGCCAACACAGAAAAGCUAACAAGUUAUAUUUGAAGUAAGUGUCAUUUUUUUUAUUUUUUAUUUUGCUUUAUUUUAUGGGUCCUGAUGUUUCCUGAAAAACAAAAACAGAAUAAUUUGGUUGUAAUUAUAACAGCACUGAGAGUUUUAUUUAUACCAGGUCAGGAAAUCCUGAAUAUUUUACUUCUAAAAUAAUUCCAUGCUGAGUUACGUUUCGCAUUUAGAGCAUUUUUUUUUUCUUUUUACAUUUUCGUGUUUAGCUGACCUUUGCACUUACUGAAAGACUCAAGCAAUCGACUGGAAUUAAUGUAGUAGCCUGCCAAUAUUCAGCACUAAAUCGUAUCGUUCCAUCCAGGUAGCUUCUUAGAAAUAGGUGGGAAACGUCAAAGCAAUCUGUGACCCAUGAAAUAAAGUCAUGUACAACUGACAUAUGUUGAUGGCAGAGUUAGUCAUGUAUGUACAGUAUGAUUCUGCACUUAUUUUUUGGCUAAAGAAACAAAA